UUCCGAGAGGAUGAGGGUUGUUGUGCAAGAUGGCCUUGUCUCCUAAGUCGACUGCUGAUGAGAGAGUCAGGGUGGUUCCGUUGUUGAACUUGUGGGCCCAGCUCACUCCGAAAAGUCCUGCUGAUGAAAUCUUAGCCUUCCAGCUUGAUCCGUCUCCGAGCGAGUGGGAGAAGCCUGCAGUUGCGCUUAAGUUCUUGUCAGCGUGAGAGUAUCCAACCUUAGUGGCGAUAGAGGUAUCAGCAUUGACAUCUUGCAAAGUGUACAGGGUCAAGUCUCCGAAUCUCUUUCCUUCUUCUCCCUCAGUCUUGACUCCCCAUGAGAGGUUGUCGCCGAUGCGGCCCAAGAAGCCCAAGGCGUAUCUGGUAAGAUUGGUUUUCUUAUAGUCCAAUGUGGAUUCUCCUCCGAACACAAAAUCUUUGUCUGGUUGUGGCUUGAAGGCGAAUUCGUGUUGAACGGUUCCGCUUCUUCCGUGAUCCCAAGUGGUUUUGGCUUCGAUGUUGUCUUGCUUGAAGGAUACUCCAGAAGUGAAGGCAUUGUGAUCGAAAGUCUUUCCGUUGGCAAGUGAGGCAUCAAGAUGAUAGCUCCAUCCCUUCAAGUUGUCGUUCUGGUGGCCGAGCUCAUAUUCAGUGUCAACAGUGAGCUUGCCUCCGGACUUGACCUUUCCUUCUUGGGUCAAACCGUGGUUGCUAUACUUGUACUUAAGCUCGAUGGCGUUCUUGCUUUGACCAUCUUCUCCUGGCUUAGACUGGUCGAGCUUGAAGGCGUACUCGGUGGACUUGUCUUGAGCCUUGGUCUUAAGCUUGACAAGGUAGUUUUUGUCGUAGACAUAUCCCUCAUCGAGGACAUCAGUCGAGAAUCUGAAGAAGUCGCCCCAGUUGGUAAAUUUGCUCAUUUAUAA